CUGCAUUGGUCUGCAUGCCCUUCAUGCUUGCUUUCAUUGCUGUCUGUCCAGUUCCAGUUUGGUUCGGCCAAAGAGCAUAUAAUCACUACGUUCUUCGGCCAGCCUGUCUCACUCGCUCGGGGCGGUCAGUCAAUCGUUUGUCAUGUGCUAAUGGUGAAUCUCAUCUAAAUUCCGCAGUUUAUUUUAGUGAUUCGUUUUAAUCUGUUUGAUGAAAUUUACCUACUGCAUUUGGUAAUCGAUUUAAUGACUGCAAUAAGUAGCUGACAAAUUUGUAAAAUGAUAAGUUUAGAUAUAAUUAAACAGUCAACCUUCAUCCAUGUCUGUUUCGCCAUAUCCUACUUUACAUCAGGGUUGGCCCUCAGCAUGGUGCAGGCAACCCUUUGGUUCAGCCUCAGACCAUUCAACAAAAGGUUGUACAGAAAGAUAAACUACUAUCUGGCAUACUCUUUAAACAGCCAGUUGGUGUUCAUGUCACAAUGGUGGGCAAGAACAAAAAUGUCUGUGUAUAUAAAAAAAGAUGAAUAUGAGAAGUAUUAUGGCAAAGAACAUGGUUACCUGUUUAUGAACCAUAGCUUCGAAAUAGACUGGUUAAUGGGUUGGCAUUUCUGUGAUGUGAUACAAGUUUUAGGGAAUUGCAAAGCAUAUGCAAAGAAGUCCAUUCAGUACAUGCCGCCCAUUGGAUGGAUGUGGAAGUUCUCAGAAUUCGUAUUUUUGGAGAGGUCCUUUGAUAAAGAUAAGGAGAUUAUUAAGAAGCAGAUUAAAGAAAUAUGUGACUAUCCGGAUCCAGUAUGGCUAUUGAUGACUCCCGAAGGAACUCGUUUCACAAAGAAGAAACACGAGGCCUCCCUAAAGUUCGCCAAGGAGAAAAACCUGCCUCUCCUCAAACAUCACCUGACGCCUCGGACGCGAGGGUUCACCACCAGCCUGCCGCACUUCAGGGGGAAGAUUCCAGCUAUUUACAACAUUCAGCUGGCAUUUGACAGAGAUGCUAAGAACCCCCCGACCAUAACGAGCCUGCUGUACGGCAAGCAAGUUCACGCCCACUUGUACAUCGAGCGGAUCCCCGUGGAAAACGUCCCCGAAGAUGAGGCGGCGGCCUCGCAGUGGGUGCACGAUUUAUUCGUCGUCAAGGACAAAAUGGCGGAAUCCUUCCACAACACGGGCGACUUCUUCCUAGAGUCGGGCGUAGAACGGAUCGAGCCGUUCCAGCACCCUAUCCGGAUCUACUCGCUCAUCAACACGCUCGGCUGGGCCGUGAUCACGCUCACACCAAUGAUGUACUACCUCAUGGGACUGUUACUUAGUGGGAGACUGUUGUACUUCUCCAUUGGUGUCGCUAUAUUUUUUGGAUUUUACGUCAUCUUGCAGAAGUCUAUAGGCAUGUCAAAAAUUAGCCAAGGCUCAUCUUAUGGGACUGAAAAGAAAUAAACGUUACAUUAUAUUGUUACAGUAUUCACAAGGAAUAUUAUAGUUUAUACUAUAAAAUCAAAUAACGAAAAUUCUUUAUAUAUGUUUUAUACAGUUAACAAUCGGCCUUUUAUAGGUGUGUUUAACUUGGUAUUGUAGCUGUAAAUGUUGCAAUACAAAACACAACGGUAUUCUAUUCGUAGUUGUAUUAUAUUUGGUGAUAUCGUAAGGGGCUUAACUGUUACAUUUGAUUGUUUCGACCAAGCAUUUAAUUUAAUACUUGGGGAAAUGGGAAAUUUAAAAAAAGCUACCUUUUAAUUUUAAUUGACACGGUUUAGUUUUGGUUACAUUCUACUUAGAAUUCUAAGGAGUACCUUCUAUAAAUUCUAGUAACAGAUGAUUGUCCACAGACAUAUGUAUACAUGUAUAUGAUAUGUAUGGUAAAAAUAAAUAACUAAACCAAAAAGAAAAUAUACUAUGUAAAAGUGUGGACUCUUGUCUUGAUUACACGUACCAAAUACAGUGGUGAGAGAGUCCCUCGGCCGAGUGCUCGGUUCGUGUGUACUCGGCCUAGUACUCCAGUAAAAUGACGAACGAGUCACUCGGACCUUGUUUUGUUUACUAGUCCGAGUGGCCGCCCCCGCACUCCUCUCAGCAUGCUCUGUGCCGACUCGCUCGCCACUCGAUAGGGAUGGACACGACCACUCGUCAGUAGCAAGUGAGGUUGUUGUAUUUUUUUUUCUUUUUGCUCAUGAAAGUGAACCGACUCGUCAGGAAAAGCAAAAUGCGUGUAUUAUACCUGAUUACGCUCCCUACUCUCUCGGCCGAGUACCAAUUUGCUGUCUCUCUGUACUCGGUACGUGUGAUCAAGGCAUUCGAAUACUUGGUGAUAUCAUUUCUGAGCGGAAUAGGGCUUAAAAUGUUCUAAAUCUGUUUUAUAAAACAUGUUUUAAAUUUCCCACCUAAGUUUUUUUAUAGUCUAUUUAUUAAAAGCGAGUGAUCCGAAACAGUGGAUGCAAUUAACUAUUUCAAUCUACUUAUCGAUUUGCUGAAAGCAUUCCUUACAUUACAAGUGAGGAAUCACUUCUCGCACAGUGUUUUACUACCUAUAGCACAAAUUCCCGAGGUGGGAUCUUUUUAGUUUGAAAACUUCACCCAUUCUAGCUAAGCUGAAUCUUAAAGACUGAUACAUAUGUCCUUUCAGGGCAGGUUUUUUUGUAAUACAUCAAUAUAAUUGCAUCCACAUAGUUUCGCGAUGGGGGAAUAAUUAUUCACGUAGUAUUUUUAUAGAUUCAUAGUACCCUUCGAUUUUUUUUUAGAAUAAGACUUGUGAUGUUUGAAAUUGUCCAACUGGAAAUGACAUUUUAACUCUUUUAUUUUGUUAUUCAACGAUUUUAGGAAUAUAUCAGUGAGUUUGGUCAAAUGCCAACAGUAUUUUAGAAAGUUAAACAAACCAAUUUUAAAGGUUUUGGAGUUAGGUAUGCCAUUUACUUUUUUCUGAAAAUGGUUUACAAAUCCGUGCGCAAAUAUUUUCUAAUGUCUACCUAACGUUAUUAAGUAAGAUAGUUUUGGCAUAAAUAAAGCGAAAAAUGUUGAAAUAAAAAUGUAGGUGCUUGUCUACCUAUACCCUAUUUUUGUAAUCAUGUCAUUACCGUAAAAAGCACAAGAUUUGUGAUAGAUUAUUUGUAUCAUUAUUGUGUUUAUUUAUUGUUUUUAUUAUAUGGUUACAAUCUUG